CUCUAGUGCAUUUUUUCUGUGGACUAUUGUAGAAAACAAAGUCAAUUGUAACCACGGCCCACUCAUGUCCGGGGAAUAGCGGCGACUUUGACUUUCGGUCCAGCCAACACCGGGUCAAAUUCCCGGCCUGCAGGGACGAACUGAUGGUAAAAUCCCUGCCAAAUGCCCCCCCCCCCGCACCCCAGGGACCCGAGAAUCAGAUCAAUAAUUGAAGAAUGCUGGUGUCCAGGGACCUCAAACUUGGUAGGCAGGAAACAACAAACAUAACCAACCAUAACAGAACAACUGCCAAACAAACAACUAAAGAAUGGAGACACAACAGAUUUUGAAACUGGUUUACUAGUGUGGGAUCUGAGAAUGUCACCUUGAAGGAGUGAAUCUGAAAUAAAUGUCACCGCUGAAACACUGCAGAUGACACAUGAUACAAUUACAUAAAAAAUAGUUUGAAAAAAAUGGAUGUAGUUUACAGACCUGAAUGUUGGUGACACAAAAGACAAGGCAUUGAAACAAAAUCUACAUAUUAUUUCAAGAAAAAUAUUUCAACACAUUUUUUGGAAGAAAUAUUUCUGGUAUUUUGAAGAUGUCUAGCAAGCAGAUGUCUGUAAUUGUUGUCAAAUUGGGCCAAAAGAAAAAUAAUAUUUCGAUAAUAAUGGAACAAGAUAUGGACAAGGGACAAGAAAAUUAGUGGCAAGUAGAUUUGAAAUAAUGGAAAAAUGAUGUCAAAAAUGAGGAAACUGCAACAACAGCAGAACAACUACAAGGAAGCAAACAUGAAGACUUGACAGUUCAAAAAUGAAGUGAAUAACCUCAGUACAGCGUUCAAACUAACACAAGCCAUCACUGGGAAAAUGUUUUGCCCAACAUCUGAAAUGAUCAUAGAAAAUAAGAAUUAUGACAGUAGAAGUAAAAGUAUUUGGGCUUGUUGAUCCAAAAAUUAUAAUUAUUCUGAUGACUGUCCACAUGUCUACAUGAUCAAGCAUUGAAUUAUGACAUAGAGCUGCUGCCCUGUUUGCAAAAAGUGUACCCAAUUAGGCAGAAGUUUUUAAGAUGUCUUACAUUUAUUUUUAAACUUUGAAAGUACACUGAACUUGUACUUGAUGAGAAACGAUCAAAACCAAUUUCCAGUUAAUUUGAAUCAUAGUUUGUAUGUGGUGACAAGUUGAAUGACUCCAAAAAUUCUGGGAUAAAUUAUAACAUUUUAUACAUAUUAAGUUCUAAAAUAGUAUUAGAUUCACAUAUUUAAGCUAUCGAUCAACUAGCUGUUCCAUUCUGGAACAAUUCAAAGACCUCAUGACAUUGAUAUGUAAAAUGUGUAGAUUGUAAAUAUUUUAUAAAAACAUCCUAUUUAAUUAAGACAUUUCAUAUCAGACAUACCACAACAGACAUUUUAUAUCAGAUAUUCCAUAUCAAACAUAUCAUAUAAGAUAUUCUGAAUAUCAGACAUUCCAUAAUGAGACAUUCCAUAUGAGACAAUCCAUAUAAGACAUUCCAUAUGGGACCAUAUCAGACAAUCCAUAUAAGACAUUCCAUGGGACAAUUCCUUGGAAGAGAAUCUCAGUUUGACCUCUACCUCAAGUAUUUGAGUGUGACUUAUUUAUUUCAUUUUGCACUGUAUAUAUGUUUACACAUAUAUUGAGCCAUUCCACUCCCAAUUGUAAUGAGCCUGUGGAAGAAAGUCAGAACUUUGAUAUCUUCAGACCCAUUCAAUACUUUGUAAGACCACUGGGACCAUGUUUGGCAAACUUUCUCGAUCAAUGAAAAAUGUUUUAAGAAGAUAUCCACUUUACUCAUAUGAUUUGAACUUUAUUUGUUAUUCAUGUAAUACCUAAAUGAAAAGAUAUGAACAGUUUUUUUACAUUUCCGUGUUCCAAAAACGUUAACAGACCAUUGCAUUUCCAAGGAGAAAAGAAGAAAUGAACAGAUUCAUGGCAAUGCUGUAUAAUUUUGGAUAUUUCUUUAUUGAAGAGAUUCAGGCCAAUCCUCCCAUACAUGAAUGAAGCAAACAAAUCCAACCAAAUAAUCUCCAUAUAUUGAAUGGAAAAAUAUGCUGUUGAUCCCGGCCAUCGAUCUUGUAACAGUUUCAGUGCAAUUCAGAAAUUAUUCUUGGAACUCAAAAGAAGUCGUUCAUUGAGAUGGUGGGGAGACUUCCUUGAAUGAUUUCCAUUACAAAAGAAGACUUUCAAGAAGCAAACUACUGGUCAUUUUCAAGAAAGUGCUGCUUUAUUAUUGGAAGAUAUUAUACAUUAAACUAUCAGAUUAAUAAACAUUCAAAGAGUGACCCUCUAGAAAAAUAGGGAAGCAACAUCUAUUAAAAUGUUUUCAGAGAAGUUAUAAAAGCAUGAAUUAAGUUGGUUUGAUGACGUCAGAAAAGUACAACUAUAGAAGUGUUGUGCUGACUCAGCAGUCACCACUAUUUCGAAGAUACUUGCUCAACUGCUGACCACUCUCUCAGGGACCAAGGAUUACAAAUCAUUCAAACAGAUAUAUAUGGGAAAGUCACAAGACAUCAUCUCCAAAAAGUGAGAAAAUCCCCCAGGAAUAAUGUGUCUUGCUGAAGAUUCCUACAACCAUGUGAUGAUCAUAAUGUGAAAGACCGAAAGACGCAUCAUUUGGGAGGAUUAAUUGAUGAUUAAUCGCUAUGUCUAGUCUAACAUGUAGUAAUGAAGCUGUAAUCAAGCAGAGUGCGGUGCUAGUGCAUUAUGAGAUUUUGAUGACAUCAGUCAUUAUGGAGAGGAGGAAGAUUUGAGUGUCCAAAGAUUCAUCAGCAAGAUUGGGGAACUCUCAGUCUCAGAUGCUUCCAUGGUUUUCAGAAUGUUUGUAAUCUCUUUAAGCAUAUUACCGGUAUCAGAUUUCUGAAAUAUUGAAUUUGCUAUACAAUUUGUUCAGUCCAUUAUUACUCUCGUCCAUUAGUGAAGGUGUCAAUGGUUUGAUUCGGGAUGUUUCGAAGCAUUUUGCACAUAUUUGCUGAUAAAUGUUGAUGCAGUAUGACUUUUCAAAAAUAUAUAAGAGAAAAGAAAAAUAAUGAAUGAAUCAUGUAGACUUACUGUAUACAUCCAGGAGUGACUGCUGCCUUAAAUACUAUGCUACGUACCAUGGCUGAUAAAAGCUGCAUUGCUUUACUCCGGAUCAUAUUGGUAAAAACUUGCCCAUCAGUUUCUUGCUCUGAGGAAUCAGUUGUUAAAAGAUGAUAGGAGCAUGUAAAAAGUCAAAUGGUAACUUGUCGCGUCAAAGGAAUACUGUGUCUGUUAUAAGUUUAUCAUUUUGGAUGAAAGUAUUAAAGAAAAGAGAAUUGUGCCUGUAAUUUUGUUUAAUUUUCUAAACAAUUAGUGCUUAUAAUUAUCAUGUAAUAAAAUUUAAUGAACAGUAAAUAGAAACUCGGAGGAAAAAAUAAGCUAAUGACAAGAUUUAUAGCAGAGGUUAUAAAGAAAAACAAUUGUGCAAUAAUUUUCAACAUUGACGACCUUGUUUAUGAGGUCUACAGAACUAAAUGACACAAUGCAAUAAUUUCUACAACAUAAAUCGUCUUCUAUAGUAGACUUGGAGUAGAACGCUCUUCUCAAAUUACAGAAAAGUGGUUUCGGAGACAUUAAUUAUUGUCUCAUACAAUGGAAAAAAGGGGACCUGAAUGUCUUGUUUCCUUGUUUACGAUAUACGAUAAUGAUGUCUGAAGUCUCCCUGGUAGUAAUUGUGUACUUUUUCUGUGUUCUAGUUAUGAUUAGUGUCUGAGAGUUGACAACGUAAUGCUACUGAUCACUGUGAAUAUAAGUUGCACCACGUAUAUAUAUAUAUAAGACAACAGAAAUGUGAAAGACGUCUUUUAAUGCACAAUUGUGAUAUUAUGAUGUUUGAUUUAUUAAUUUGAAAUUUUAUCCUUCAAUUGAAUAAAGUUGUAACAAUUAUUGAAUUGUUGAAAAUCAACAGUUAUUGAAGAAUAAGUUAAGUGCAAGAUUUCCACAGAAGAACAUCAAAGUUAGAUGAAUCUAUACAGUUAAUUAAUUGUAUUGGCAAAGCAUUUGAUAAAUCUGUUGUAAAUGUAUCGAAGGAGCGGAGAAUUGAUUUUGAGCUAAACAAAAGUGCCAUAGAACACAUAAUUAACUGUAUCAAUAAGAGAUCAUUUGUAAUGAAACAAUGACGGAUCGGCAGGACGGACCGAAUGGAACUACCUCAGCUAUGGAGAGUAAUGGCGGAGUGGGACAUUACCAGCCUAGCCAUUAUGUUUCCGUGGAAAUAGGAGCAGGAGAUCCAGGGGAAAGGGGUCGCAAAAUAUCGCACACUGAGACAGACACUUAUAUAGAUGAAAAUGGACAAACCCAUGUCGCUGGGUCACAAACAGUCCCUGUGAGAAAAAUCAGUGAUAAAAGUGACCAUAUAGAUAAAUGUAACAAUGUGAAUGUCAGUGCUUGUAGACGUUCGUCAUGCACGAGAAAAUUGUGGUGUUAUCGACAGUUGACGGUCAGAGAAAAGUAUCUUGCCAUAGUGUGUUUGUUACUGUUUUUGUCAUGUCUUGCCUUCGUCUUGGUUGCCUUUGUACGUGAUAAACACCUACGCAGGCACUGCCCAUGUCAUGAUUCACCCACAAUUGCCAGUUUCUACAGAUAUCCUCAGGAUGACCCAUCUGUCUCAAACAGAAAACCCCACAUUGUGCUAGUCUGCAAUUCCUCAGCUCUUUCUUUACAAACUUCACCUGACCUUGACCAUAAACUCGACCCAGAUUCUCACCAUGGCAACAGUAACUCGCAUGUUGAAUAUAAUGAGAAGGAAAACGACCUUGACACUCCUAGUCAUCCUAAGGUUUGGUGGACCUUACCCGAUGGAAGAAAUGUCAGUGGAUCAAAGCUGUUCCUCUACACAGUUCAUGAGAGUGGACCUUUUACGUGCUAUGUGGAAUUUGAACAAAACGGGGAGAAUGUUGUUCUCCAUACAUCUACGUUCAUUGAAGAAGACAAAUCAACAAAGCUGCCUGAAGUCUGUCUGACGGAAAACUGCAUCAAAACAGCUGCCCAGCUCCUUGACUCCAUGGACGGAAGUGUGGACCCAUGUGACGACUUUUUCGAGUACGCCUGUGGAAACUGGAACAAGAAAAACUUCAUACCUGAGGACAGGCCCAGCUACAACACAUUUGAAAAACUCUAUGAUGAUCUCCAGCUUACAUUGAGAGCUCUACUGGAGGACACGCCCAAGGACUAUGACAGCAAUGCGACCUUGAAGGCCAAGAUUUUGUACCAGUCGUGCAUCAAUAUAUCCCAGAUUGAAGCUGUUGGUGAUGCCCCGCUACGAAAGCUCCUAGAAGAGCUUGGGCGAUGGCCAGUUAUCGACAAGAAAUGGCGCGCGGACAACUUUGUGUUGGAAGAUGUUCUCGGUGACAUGCUUGGCAAAUACAAUGCCCCAAUACUCAUUGACGUGUGGAUUGGGCCUGAUGAUAAGAAUUCAUCAAUAAAUAUUCUGCAGUUGGAUGAGCCGGCCCUGGGCAUGCCAUCACGGGAGUACUACCUCCACGACCAGAACUCUCCCGAUGUUCGUGCAUACCUCAAGUACAUGUGUGACGUCGCAUAUCUACUAGGGGCAGAUCCUGAUACCAUACAGAGAGAAAUGGCAAAAGUGCUGGAAUUUGAGACAAAGAUUGCGAAUGCGAGCACUCCUCAGAACAUGAAACAUGAUACUGGAGCCAGAUAUAACAAGAUGACGAUUGGUCAAGUUCAAAAGCGUGUUCCAGAUUUUGACUGGCUGAGAUAUUUCAACCGAUUUUUACCGGCUGAGGUCGAUUUCUCAGAGGAAAUGGUUGUGUUUGCUCCCAACUUUUUGAAGGAAAUGGUUGAUCUUGUGCAAGUCACAGAUAAAAGAGUGGUGAGCAAUUUUGUGCUGUGGAGGCUGAUCCUGGGUUUCAUUCCUGAGCUUACCGCCAAGUUCCAGGAGGUCAGGAAUGAGUACAGGACGGUCAUGCAGGAAGUGACUAGAAGUAAGCCUCGCUGGAACAAGUGUGUGGAAUACCUGAACGAUCAACUAGGGCCCGCCACUGGGGCCAUGUUUGUACAUGAGAAAUUCCGGAAAAAGAGCAAAGAUGUGGCUCUAGAGAUGAUAGAGAAUCUUCGUGAAGCGUUUAUCGAGCUGCUCAACGAGAACAACUGGAUGGACGAUCAGACGAGGGAGGUCGCACGGGAAAAGGCUAAGGCCAUAAAAGAGAGGAUAGGUUACCCUGACUACAUUGUGAAUCCCACGGAACUGGAUAAAAAACUGAAGGAUCUCCAUUUUAAGCCAGACGAGUAUUUUGAGAAUAUUUUACGAGUGGAACGAUAUGAUGCCAACAGAAUGAUGGCCUGGUUCAGACAACCUGUUGACAAAGAUGUUUGGGAACAGGACCCAGCUGUAGUCAAUGCCUUCUACAACCCAAACACCAAUGACAUAGUGUUUCCAGCUGGAAUGUUGCAGCCUCCAUUCUACAGUGAAUACUUCCCAAAGUCCCUCAACUAUGGAGGCAUUGGGGUUGUCAUUGGACAUGAAAUCACACAUGGUUUUGAUGAUAAAGGUCGUCAGUUUGACAAGGAUGGCAACAUGAAGCAGUGGUGGAAGAACGAGACCAUCGAGGCGUUCCAUCGGCGUAACCAGUGUAUCAUAAACCAGUACAGCAACGUACAGCUGGAACAGAUUGGGAAGAAUAUUGAUGGUAAAAACACUCAAGGAGAGAACAUAGCAGACAACGGUGGACUGAAGCAAGCCUACAGGGCUUACAAGAAGUAUGAGCUAAUACAUGGUGUGGAGCCCCUCCUGCCCGGGCUCAAUAUGACACAUGAUCAGCUGUUCUUCCUGAACUUUGCCCAGAUUUGGUGUGGGAAUAUGCGGGAUAAAGCAGCCCUGGAGAAGAUCCGUACUUCUGUGCAUAGUCCUGGGCCUAUAAGGGCCAAGAUUCCCCUGUCCAACUCUGAGGACUUUGCUAAAGCCUACAGUUGCACUCUUGGAAGCCCCAUGAACCCUAAACAUAAAUGUGCUGUCUGGUAGAUGGUACUCUGUGUGGAUGAAAUAUCACAGAGUUUGAAAAGUGAUAUUGAUGAAUGGCAUGUCGCCUGAUGAGAAGAAUUAUAAAUGCCAUGCAGUUUGAAAAGGAUAUUCAUAAAUGUUUUGGAAUUUGAAAAUAAAAUAAGAUAAAUGUUAUGUUGUCUGUAAAAGGAUAUUUUGUAAAAUGGCCUGCUGUCUGGUAAAAGGCAUAAUGUCUUAAGCAUGUAUUUAUAUCUGGUUAAUAGCAAUUGCUGCCUAUAAUCUUAGCAUGUCUGGUAUAUGCCAUGCUACCAUCUUAAGUAUAUGCCAUCGAGGAAAUGCCUUUAUAAAUGGCUUGCAAUUAUAGUUAUCAGUUAUAAUAAUGUUUAUAAGUGUGAGGUAAAAUGGCGUGCUUUUUUGAAAAUAGCAUGACAUUAGGGCAAAAGAUUAAAUGGCUUACCAUAUGGAAAGAAAUUGUAUAUGCCAUCUGAAAAAUGUCAAGCUUCAUGAUAAUAUGGCUGAAAGGAUUGUUGUUAAUGCUGUUUGGAAAAAUGCAUGUUGUCAGGUAGAUGACCUUUCUGGCUUGGUGAAACUUUGAAAGCAUUGUGGCACAGGGGAAGGAGGAUGGGAAAACUUGGCUUGGAAGCUAAUAAAAGACUUGAACUAGGGUUGUACAUAUUUCCAAGCAUCAUCAUAGUAAAGAAGUCCAGUGAAUCUACAGCAAAUUGGGUUAUGAGAUAUGCAUUUAUUUUGUGGAUUUGUGCAUAAAAACAUUGUCUUGUGAAUCAAUUUGUUAUCUUUAUGAAGAAUUGAGACAUUUAAACGAGAGAUUUUUAUUCUGUUGAAAAACACUUUUUUUGUGUGUGUUUUAUUUUGGCAUUACCGUUUUCAAUUAUAACAUAUUGAAAAACGUGUUGUUUACAUUCAACACUUUAGUUGAAUCCCUCAGAUAUUUAUGUUGAUGUAAACUAUGUACAUGUAAAUAAGCUUAGUUGAUAUUUAUUGUGGUUGACUUACAUUUAUAAAACGUGUUCAUUAAUAUGUUUUGGAACAAUUUCUAUGGGAGCAAUUUCAAAUUCAGGGAUGUACCUGAAGCGUUUUGCUUUGUACACCCGACUAUCUUGAGUUAGCUGUUGACAUGUUAAAUUGUGUUAUUUGCUUAUUUUACAAAUAUUAUUUCAGAAAAGAAUACAGUUACUGUAAUAAAAGAUCAAUUUUCAAGCAAUCUAAACGUCAUCAUAUGGUGAAAUUACAAUGAACUCUAUAAAGCAGCUAAUUGCUUAUGACAUGAUGAUUUUGUCUGUGUUGCCAAAAUAAAAACUACCAUUUUUGUUGCAUAUUGUAUAUAAAACAUUAUCAACAUUAAUCUUAACCAAAUAAACUAAUAGAGAUUGGGAUGUUAAGUUUUUACAAGAGUUUAUUUAAUGAUAGUUUUUGUUUUAUUUUUAACUUUUUCACAUACUACUAUGUCACUUGCUGUUAGUCAUUGUCUCUGUUGUUUGCAAAUAUAACUGUAAAUAUUUCAAGAGAACGCUUCACAGUCAAGUACAUUAUGAAUAUUACAAGAUAUUAUAUCAAUUCAAUACCUCAACAUGUGUAAAUAUUUUGAAUUAUGUACUGUUGUUGUUUGUAAUAGAUGUUGAUGUUUUCAACUUUGUACAGUGUUGUCACGUUAUUUUUAUCUUUUUUUGUUUUAUAUUUUUAACAUACAUAUACAUGUACAUGAGGCCAAGAGCAAGCUGUAUGUCCGUGAUAAAGCUAUCAUUAAGUGCUAAGUUCAAACACUUUCUACACUAAACUGAAAUGAAAAGUUAUUCUUAUGGAGAAAAGCAAAAGCUCACUUGAAUAGAACAUUGAAACUACAAGACCAGCCCCCCUGAGUAACCAAUGUUUAACCAAGAUCCUGUUCAAAGGCAUAACUCUUAUAUUCAAUUAAAUUGUGACUGUCAUAGAGUAGAUUUCUUAUUAAGUGUCAUGUGAGUGUUGUUAAAGGGGCAUUAUUGCCAAUGGCUUGCCAAUGGCAACUACAAUUGUUAAUAUUUAGUAAAUAAAAUAUUUUUUGAAUAAGCGACUGAAGCUUAUCUUUACGACAAAGAUGAUAUUUUUGUUAAUCUUCCAACAAACCACAAGUUUUUAUACAAAUCAAUAAAAAUUCAAAUGUUGAUAUCUUUUGGUUGAAUGUUGACAAAUUGGGUUAUAUUUUACGUAAGAUUAACUGAGAGUAACUUCACUGUGGUAUAAUAGAUAUCGUCCCCGACUGUAGAGUACCUCAUUUUGAAUCAUGCUUUUUAUCAUUAUGUUUAUUAAAACUAAGUUUAUGUCUAAAUUAAUAUCACCUUGAUAUAUAUUUUUUUAGAAAAUUUCAGAAAUGUUUUACAUUUCAAUACAUGAAAACCCAGCUUGUGUGCCUUUAAGGUAAGCAGCUAACAUAUAGCUUAUGAAUUGAUAUUAUGGAAGUAUGUAUAGAAUUUCAACAUAUAUUCAACUUUUAUCAUGUUAAGUUUUACUAAUUACUGCCAUAUGACAAUUGAUUAGAUUUGAAUCUCAUUUUUGCUAUGAAAUACUCAUUUAUAUUCAGUUUGUUAACUAUAUAUUGAACAAGUUUACUUUGAAAAUGAUGCUAUUUCCGGAAUUCUUUAGAAAUCAUAAUAUUGACGUAAUUUAAAAUAAAUAAAGGCUAUAUAAAAGAUGAAAAUCUGUUAUUAUAGUAUAAAUGAUGUCACCACCAUGAAAAAAAACUUACAUACAUUUUUUAUUCAUAACUAGUUAAUAAAUGUUUACAUGACACCAUAAAAGAAUAGCGUUGAAAAUGUGCGCAGAAUAUAGCAACAAGAUAUAUAAUUAAUGCAGUGUAAACCAUCAAAUAAGUAUUUGUGAUAUAAGUGGAAUAUCAUAUUCUUGGUCAUUCAAUACCAAAUGUACUAAGUUUGUUAACUAAAAUUCAUAAAAACAAAAUGCUAAGAAAAAAAAUGUCCUCCUCACUGAACCUUUUAAUACCUAUGAAUGCUGGUAGUAGUAUGUAGGGCUGGUAGGUAGGGCUUGAUUGUAGGACAGGAAUGUAGGGCUUGUAUGUACGGCUUGUAUGUAGGGCUGGUAUGUACGACUUGUAUGUACAACUUGUAUGUAAGGCUUGUAUGAAGGGCUGGUAUGUAGGGCUGAUGUGUAGGGCUGGUAUGUAGAACUGGAAUGUAUGGCUUGUAUGUAGGGCUGGUAUGUAGGGCUGGUAUGUACAACUUGAAUGUAGGGCUGGUAUGUACAACUUGAAUGUAGGGCUGGUAUGUAGGGCUGAUGUGUAGGGCUGGUAUGUAGGGCUGAUGUGUAGGGCUGGUAUGUAGAACUGGAAUGUAUGGCUGGUAUGUAGGGCUGGUAUGUAGGGCUGGUAUGUACAACUUGAAUGUAGGGCUGGUAUGUAGGGCUGGUAUGUACGACUUGAAUGUAGGGCUGGUGUGUAGGGCUGGUAUGUACAACUUGAAUGUAGGGCUGGUAUGUACGGCUUGUAUGUAGGGCUGGUAUGUACGGCUUGUAUAUAGGGCUGGUAUGUACAACUUGAAUGUAGGGCUGGUGUGUAGGGCUGGUAUGUACGACUUGAAUGUAGGGCUGGUGUGUAGGGCUGGUAUGAACAAUUUGAAUGUAGGGCUUGUAUGUACGGCUUUGGCCCUUGCAUACUUUUUUUAUAAAUUGACCAAAUAUAAAGACCAAUCCCUUUUCUGUCUAGUGUUUGUAUUUUGAAUUCCUGUAUCAGGUUUGAUGUACAAAUAUCUUUUUUCUUGGUAUACCACAUCUUACUUUAAUAUUUGAUUAAGGUAUUAUAAAGCAUAUUAGAUAAGGGUAAUGUAUUAACUUUCUUAUAAUCAUAUAAGUUUAACUUAUUUUAUUGGUAAUACAAUUUAUGAAACAGGAUUUUUUUGUUUAUUUAAUAUUUUUUUAGGUAAAUUAUCAUUGACAAACUCUUUUUGAGUGGCUUGGGUUUAAAACUGAGUUUGAGGUCAUUUCUGUAAUUUUUAUCACAAUCAUGACCAUAUAAAUUUGUUGUUAGAAUAUAAUGUUGUAAAUAAAGUUUUAUUGGCUGUUAAAUUAACUAUUUGUUCAAACUGCUAACCAUGAAGUGAAUGUUUUUGUGUUUACGCUUCAGGCAUUCCCUUCAAAUUAAGCUUGUAAAUACAAAUAUGUUGAACCCUUGACCAUUGUUAAAUUGGACACUUCACAAUGAACUGAAUAUCUUGUAAAAAUCUCUGAUUAUCAUAGUGUUUCUUAUUACCUCUAAACUGCACUAGUCUCCGAAGGUAUAUGGCCCAUGAAAGGGUAAACCUGGUGACCCUUUGUUUCCUUGGUAUCAUUUGAAAGGGUUUUACAUGCAGGAAAAUAAAAAUAAAAAAUGUACCUAAACAUUUUUGGCUUUAAAAGAUUGGUAAUUUCAUGAUUGAUUUCAGCUGAUGCAACAAGCCAAUGAACAAAACUGUUAUAACUUGGCGUAUAACACAUUUGUUGUCAUUUAUUUAACAUUUCAGUAAUCAGCAAGCAACUACCUUUCAGUUAAUAACCAAAAUUGUACGUCACCAGGCAUUCAAAUUUAUCAUCAAGGUUAAUGGAGCUAUCAGAGAACUAGCUUAUGUGUGGGUCGGAUUCCUUAACAAAGAUGAGAAAGUCUCAGUUAUUGUUUAUUGCCAUGUGUUCAUGUUUAUAUGCCAUACCAAACUGAUGUCAUGUUUAGUGCCGGGUUCCAACUUCAAAACCUACCUACCAGGUAGGAAUAAACAAGUGCCAUAGAAACAAACAAAAAAUCAUGUAUUUCUUUAUUUAUGUCUGUAACACCUAAAAUGGAACUUCUCCCUGUAAAUGAUAUAUUUAUUGACUCACUGAUCAUCAGUUAAUUGAAAGCUGAAAACCUAGACCUUCCCCCAAUUUAUUUUACCAGUUUUGUUAGUUAAAUGUUAUGUGUUUAUUUAUAAUAAAAUUUA